UUCCACCACGCGCCUACCACACACCUACACGAGCCGAUGCGUCUUCUAAGGUAUGAAGAAGAUGGCUGCCUUACGGUCAUCAGCUUCGACGAUAACGCGAUACCCCAAUAUGCGAUACUUUCACACACCUGGGGGGCAGAUGCAGAGGAGGUGACUUUCGCGGACCUUGCAGAAGGCGGCGGCAAGCACAAGUCUGGCUACAAGAAGAUUCGCUUCUGUGGAGAGCAAGCACAUCAGGAUGGACUGCAGUACUUCUGGGUCGACACAUGCUGCAUCGACAAGUCGGAUAAGGCUGAACUCUCUUCGGCUAUCCAGUCUAUGUUCCGCUGGUACCAAAACGCGACGAAAUGCUAUGUAUACCUAUCAGAUGUAUCGGCAAGGAAGAGGAAACUCGACGAUAUGCUUACCCAGUUUACUUGGGAGCCAGCCUUUAGGUCCAGUCGAUGGUUCACGCGUGGGUGGACGCUCCAAGAGCUUCUCGCGCCAAGCAUAGUCGAGUUCUUCUCGCAAGAAUGGGAGAGGCUUGGUGAUAAGAUAUCAUUAAAGUCACUAGUUAAUAAGGUUACUGGUAUUCCAUAUAGAGCGCUCGACGGAGCUCCUCUUUCCCAAUUCAGCGUUGACGAGCGGCUGCGGUGGAAGGGCGACAGGCAGACUAAACGCGAAGAAGACGCAUGGUACUCAUUAUCGGGCAUUUUUGAUGUCGAGAUAGCGCCAGCUUAUAGCGAAGGGGCGGUUAGCGCAUUUAAACGUCUAAAGGACGAGAUUGAUAAGCUUGAGAUAUGCAUUCGAGACAUACGCCACACGGAUCCGCGUUAUGAUAAGAAGCGCAUUGAGGACACAAAAGGCGGACUGCUAGCUGACUCCUACCGCUGGGUUCUGGAUAACACCACUUUCCAGCAAUGGCAGCAGGACCCGCACAGCCGACUACUAUGGGUGAAAGGAGAUCCUGGUAAAGGCAAGACGAUGUUGUUCUGCGGCCUUGUCAACGAGCUGCAAAGUUUGAUGCCCCGAAAUGCCCUACUGUCGUACUUCUUCUGCCAAGCGACUGACUCGCGCAUUAACAGUGCCACGGGCGUGAUACGAGGACUGCUGUAUAUGCUCGUGGAUCAGCAACCAUCACUUAUGUCGCAUAUCCGCAGAAAGUACGAUCAUGCAGGCAAAGCCUUGUUCGAGGAUGCGAAUGCUUGGGUAGCGCUGUCUGAAAUCUUCACAAGCAUGAUGCAGGAUAAGGGCCUGAAGACAACUUAUCUUGUCGUUGAUGCUCUCGACGAAUGCGUGGUGGACCUGCCUAACCUCCUCGAUCUUAUCGUCCGUACUACCACGCUAUCGCCUCGUAUAAAGUGGCUUGUGUCAAGUCGAAACGAGAGUCACAUUGAGGAGAAACUCAAGUCAGUCGGUGAUCAAGCAAAGCUGAGCCUGGAGCUGAUGCAGAACGCGGAGCAGGUAGCUCGAGCUGUAGAUGCAUAUAUCGACCAUAAGCUGUCUUGUCUCGAGUCACUCGGAGAAGCGGAUCUGCGAAAGCAGGUGCGGGAUGAGCUGCACCGGAAGGCGAACGGCACCUUUCUUUGGGUAGCUCUGGUGAUGCAAGAGCUUGAGAAGCCUGAAAGCUGGGACCCUCUCGCGGUGGUUAUGGAAGCACCAGCGGGCUUAUAUCAGCUGUACGAUCGCAUGAUGGAGCAGAUCCAGCGCCUGUCAGCAAGGAAUGUGAAUAUCUGCCAGUCUCUACUCUGUACUACAGCUGUCGCAUACCGUCCACUGUACCUUGCUGAAAUGGGCAGCUUGUGCAGGUCGGCAGGUCAGGCUAUAAUGGUAGCGGAGACUGUAAGAAAGAUUGUAGUCAUGUGCGGAUCGUUUCUCACCGUUCGCGACGGACAAGUCUACCUCGUUCAUCAGUCAGCCAAAGACUAUCUAAGUGACAAGAUGCGGGCUGCAGCCCUUCCGUCUCAGAGCGAGAUGCACUACAACCUAUUUGCCCGGUCACUCGAGCUGCUGUCCAGCACAUUGAAACGUGACAUGUACGAUUUGGUGGAGCUAGGUUUCUCGAUCGACGAGGUCAGAACACCUUAUUCUGAUCCGCUAGCGACCGCGCGCUACUCUUGCGUCUACUGGAUCGAUCAUCUGUACGAGUCAAAGCUCAAGCCUUUAGGGAGCAGUGUCGGUGGCCUGCAAGCCGCAGAUGUUGUCGAUGGUUUUCUAAGGAAGAAGUAUCUCUACUGGCUGGAAGGGCUUAGUCUGUGCAGGAGCGUAGGGAACGGUGUCGUGUCCAUGACAAAACUGUGGUCGUUGGUGCAGGAGAUGUGUGACCAGGAUAGACUUGCUCAGCUUGUUCAAGACGCAUGGCGAUUCAUCAUGUACCACAAAGGAGCAAUCGAGGGUUACCCUCUUCAGACCUAUGCAUCCGCACUGCUGUUCAGUCCGACAGGUAGUCUGAUUAGACAGCUGUUCCAGCACGAAGAGCCAGAAGCAAUUCGUAUCAGGCCAGCUCUGAGCGACGAGUGGAGCGCCUGUCUGCAGACGCUCGAGGGCCAUAGCGAUAUUGUUAGCUUUGUGGCCUUCUCGCACGACUCGACGCGGCUGGCGUCGGCGUCUAGCGACAGGACUGUUAAGGUAUGGGAUGCGAGCAGCGGCGCGUGUCUGCAGACGCUCGAGGGCCAUAGCAGUGCGGUCACCUCAGUAGCCUUCUCGCACGACUCGACGCGGCUGGCAUCGGCGUCCCAUGACAGGACUGUUAAGGUAUGGGAUGCGAGCAGCGGCGCGUGUCUACAGACACUUAAGGACCAUAGCGAGACUGUCAGCUCCGUGGCCUUCUCGCACGACUCGACGCGGCUGGCGUCGGCGUCUUGGGAUAGAACUGUCAAGAUCUGGGAUACGAGUAGCGGCGCGUGUCUGCAGACACUUAAGGGCCAUAGCGAUAUUGUCAGCUCUGUGGCCUUCUCGCACGACUUAACGCAGCUAGCGUCGGCGUCUAGCGACAGGACAAUUAAGGUUUGGGAUGCGAGCAGCGGCGUGUGUCUUCAGACGCUUGAGGGCCAUAGCCAUUAUGUCAGCUUCGUGGCCUUCUCGCGCGACUCGAUGCGGCUGGCGUCGGCGUCCCACGACAGAACCGUUAAGGUAUGGGAUGCGAGCAGCGGCGCGUGUCUACAGACACUUAAGGGCCAUAGCGAUACUGUCAGCUCCGUGGCCUUCUCGCACGACUCGACGCGGCUGGCGUCGGCGUCUUGGGAUAGGACCGUCAAGGUAUGGGAUGCGAGCAGCGGCGCGUGCCUGCAGACGCUCGACGUUGGCAAAGCUCUUUACGACUUAUCCUUUGAUCCUACUAGUUCUCGCCUCUACACUGAAAUAGGCAAUAUCGACAUUCAGAGCUUGAAGGUUUCUAACAUGAUAAACAUCGCAGAAUCUGCGCACCCCUUGUACGUGGGUACUGGCUUCAGCUCAGACGGUAUAUGGAGUCAGCAUGCUGGCAACAACGUGCUGUGGGUACCGUCAGAGUAUCGACCGUCGCAUUCGUGUGUGAAAGGGAGUGUGGUUGGUGUAGGUACUGGAUCUGGCAGAGUGUGGUUUUGUAGUAUAGACCUCUAGGUCCCUCGUGUGUGUUUGUCGCAACGAGGCAACAGUCUUUUCUUAUUUUCUACAGUCUCUUUCUAUAAAUCUUUAUUUGAUAGAGAGGGACAGGGUUGCACACGAACAUACAGUCUCUGCAUUGCCGCCUAGAAGCUUCGAGGACCGUUAGAGAAGGUCGCUGUCGUUAUGUUACAUCACUCGAUGAAUCCAGGAUGGUUCUCGCUGUUUCCUAGCUUUUUUCACCAAAGAGAAGGCACGAGUAACUAAGGGUGGCAUGAUAGGGUGUUGGGGUGUGUAGGUACG